AUGUCCCGUCCUCCGUCAGCUCGUCCAAAAACGUCAGCUGGUAGAGCUCCGUCAGCUCGACAACGCCCGCAAACUGCUGCCCGGCCACCAACAAGUGGAGGAAAUGGUGGAAUUUUGAUCGGAGGUGGUCAGCGACCGGAAAGUCGAUCAAGUGUCUCAAGAGGACCUGCAAGUGAGCCGAGAUUAGCCUCUCGUUCGGGUUUACCGGCACCUCGAGUGCCAACUGCAGCCAGGAAUGAUGUAGGGCCUACCGAUCGACCGAUGAGCGGGGCAAUGAUCCGUCCAAUGUCCUCGGCGGCUCGUCCAAUCACUCAACAGGGCCUCGUCGGCGCGAGAACGGCAAGCAGAAUGGGCACAGCGAGCCAACGUCAAGUCUUUGACAAAAGCUAUUACAUCGGUGUGCUGAAGUCAAGAAUCAGUGCUUUAAAUCAAGAGAUCGGAAAGCUGCAAUCAGUCGCUGCAAAAGGGGAAAAGGAUCGGAAUGAGCUGGGAAUCUAUGAGAAACAAGCUGAAGAGAGCGCGAUCGGGAUCAAAGAGUUGCAGGGAAGGCUGGCUGAUUUGAAUAUGGUGGUUGAGAGGAUGCACACGAGCUCUGAGCUGGGCGAUAUUGAUCUGGAAGCGCGGGAAGUCAGAGGGAAAGCUGAUCAGAUUGCUUUAAGUGUUGAAGAGCUGUUUGCCGAGCGUCGAAAUCGUGAGACGCACAUCGAGAGGUUAUUUGCCGAAAUCGAUGAGCAAAAGAAGUUGAAUCAAGCCGUUAUUGCUUCAAUGGAGGCAAACAUUCGAGAGAAAUACGAGGAUCGACAACGCGCUGCCGCAGCUUUGAGAGAUCAAUUGGAGGGAAAGGAAAAUGAGCUAAAAGACAUGGACAGACAGCGGAUUUCCCUUGAACAAGAGCUUCACGCAUCGCCUUUAAAGCAGAAAGCGAUUGAAUUGCGUGAACGUUUACUUGAAGAGGAGUUGCGCGAGUUCGACAAUGAGAUCGACGUGCUAACAGGCGAGCAAAACGAGCGCUACAUUGAGUUGAAGCGAAAAGAGCAACAAAUGAGUGAAUUCCUCUCGACUUUCGACGAGCAAAAGAGAUUAUCUCUUAUGGAACUGGAAGAGCUCUCCGAAGCGGUUGUACAGAAUUUGAAGCGAAUCGCCACAAAUCUCGCAAAAGUAAACAUUGGCAGUCAAGUGACUGGAAUGGAUCCAUCCGGUGAUCGAGGCGAAUUCGCGUCCGCCUCAACAAACGAAUUGAAAGAAGUGCAUGUACGGUUGCAAGAAGAGAUGAUCUCACUGGGGGAAAUGGAGGAAGUACUUCGAAAUGAGAUUGAAACGCUAAAGACGAGAAUCGACGAGACAAACGAGCAGACAAGGCAAUUCUCGGAUUCGGCUCAACUCGAGAAAGACGUCGAGCUGAAUUCACGGAAACUUUCUGAGCGUCAUGCUCGUUUGGAGCGUUCGGUUCCUGAGAUCGAAGGUCAUCAAACACAAAUGGAGAGUCAAUUCGAGGAAUUGAUGCAAAGAUUGGAAAGAAGUGAAGCGUAUAGAGUGCUAACAAAUGCUCAAAAACGUUUGGAAGUGAUCGCCAGAGAGACGGCUGAGACAAGGAACAGCUUCGAGAGGAGCGAACGCGAGACAAACUUCAUCCCAGUCAAGGAAAGGACGCUUCACCUCCAAAAAGAGUACAACGAGAUUUUGGCGGCGUUGACGCUUGGUCAAAAAAUUCCUUAUUAUCAAAAUGUU